AUUCCACAUACUUAUGGGGCUAGCUGGCUAGCUCCUUCGACUCCAUCGCGUCACCAUGAAAAAUGAUCUCCUACUGCAAGCAUUAUAUAUUUGCGCUCUCUGGCACCUCGGAUUAAGUUCCAUAGCUUUGCUAAAAUAUCUUGUAUGCUAUUCAUCAGACAGAUGGCGAUUUUUUUUACAGGAUUAAAAGAAAAAAAAUACGAAAUAAAAAGCAUUAGGAACUAAAAAAGGAAGCAACAAAUUAUGGUAGAAACCGCGGGUUGUUGUGGAUUACUACAAGCAUGUUGCCAUCGCCAUGACCCUCAAAAAUACAUUAUCCAAGGAGAAUUUGAGAUCGAUCGCAGUCCUUGGUUCUCCCUUUGUGCCUCUGGAUUAUCUGUUGCUGUUCGUCUUUACAGCCAAGACAACAAGGAUCCAACCACGGGAAAAGGAAUUGAAAGUGAGAAUGCAUAUAUAAUGAAGGGGAAAGAGCUAGAAAAGAAAAAACAUGAGGUCUUACAUUUGAAGGUGCCAACAAAAGUGAUCAAAUUCAAAUUGAAGUUUGAGGUGACGCGAGAUUUCGGGAUUCCAGGGGCUUUUGUUGUUGAAAACAGAGAUAAGAAGCAUGAGUUUUUCCUCAAAUCCGUCACUUUACAUUACAUUAAGCAUCCGAAUAUUCUCGAGGAACGAAAGUUUUAUUUCUAUUGUGAUUCUUGGGUUUACCCCAUCACCAAGACCGGAUUUAAACGAAUUUUCUUCUCAGAUCAAUUAUAUCUUCCGAAGGAAACGCCACAGGGUUUAGUAGAAUUGAGAAAAAAAGAACUUCAGAAACUGCAAGCCUCAAGACCCAAGGGUGAAUGGCACCUAUGGGAUCGAAUUUAUGAUUAUGAUGUCUAUAACAAUCUUGGAGAUCCUGAAAAUGGUCGACUAUAUAACAGACCUGUGUUGGGUGGUUCCACUAAAUUUCCAUACCCACGUCGGUUGAAAAUGGGCCAUCCUAAUUGCCAACACGACCAUUCAAGGGAGUCAGGACCAGCAAGCUGCUUCCAAUUUUAUGUUCCACCCGAUGAGCGAAUGAGCGACGAAAAACUACAAGAACUGAAAAACAACUUCGUCGAGGCUCUUAUUCGGUUUCUUGCGCCGGAAUCAACGCUCCCACACUUGUCGGAUCGAGAAUGUCCCGACUUCGUCACCAAAGUUGCACAUUUCUUUGUACCCAAGGCAGCGAUAUCGAAGAAAGAUGUUAGAUUCAUUCGAUCCAUAAUAGAUUUCUGUAGAAAGCUAAAAUUACCAUCUUCUCAUGGAGGUCCCAGCAGGUCAGUGUCAGAUCCAAGUGAGGAACAAGACAUUUUUGAAGACAUUAUAGGCUUUUAUGCAGACAAAGAAGUGGAAGAACUGGAUGAUUCGGACAAGCAGCGGCUAGAAAAAUUGGUACCCAACGAAAUUCUUAACCAAGUUGUUGCCACUCUUGCUCUCAAAAGACAACAUGUCAGUGCUCAAUUGCCUUCAAUUGUAGCAGAGGACAAAUUCGCUUGGGCUGUGGACAAGGAGUUUGGUCGCCAAAUGCUUGCAGGAACAAAUCCUGUUCGAAUCCGCCACUUGAAGCGAGAGGAGUUAUUACCUCUAUACGAAGUUUUUUAUAAAAUGUGGGAUUAUGAGUCACCUGAAGAUAAGCCAGAGGUUCAGCUGGACAAUAAGAUUAACCAGUCGCAAUUGCAAAAUUUGAAAAAGGUUCUACAGGGAAAGAAGCAUAAACAGCCGCAAUUGCUAGAUGUGUAUUUGGCAGUGGUAAACGAAAGGGCAUUCAUCUUGGAUCAUCAUUACCUUGAGCAAUUUCUGACAAUGAUAAAUGGGAAAGGUGUUUGUGCUUACGCAACUCGAACAAUACUAAUAGCAACGGGCUCAUCGUCCGCAACGCUUCAACCAGUAGGAAUAGAACUAAGCUUGCCUGGUGACUCUCCUAGAUUGGUGCUUCCACAAGAUACUCUCCUAUGGGAGUUUGCAAAAUUUCACGUUGCAUCCAACGAUGCAGCUUACCACCAGUUAGUUAGCCAUUGGUUGCAUACACAUGCAGUAGUUGAGCCAUUCAUAAUUGCAACGAGAAGACGGUUGAGCGUAAUGCAUCCAAUCCAUAGGCUAUUGGAUCCUCAUUUCAAAGACACACUGCAUAUAAAUGCAUUGGCUCGAGCCAUCUUCCUUAAUGCUGGAGGGAUUCUGGAGACUCUUCUUUUUACUGGUGAAUACUCCAUGGAAUUGUCUUCUCACUUGUAUAAAGAAUGGAGAUUUGAUAAGCAGGCCCUUCCUGAAGACCUUCUCGAAAGAGGUAUGGCGAAACUCAGAGUCAGAGAUGAGGUUGUAUCGGGGCCAAUGGAGCAGGUCGAGAGAGACAAAUCAAGCAACAAGGCGGCGACAGGUGCAGAACAGAAGAUGUUUGAGGUUGACGCUGAGGUGGAGCUGGUUUUAGAAGACUAUCCCUAUGCAAAAGAUGGAAUUGAGAUAUGGACCGCCAUUGAAACAUGGGUGACAGAAUACUGCAAUGUUUUCUACCUUAACGACAAUGAUGUGAAGGAAGAUGAGGAAAUCCAAGAAUGGUGGAAUGAAAUCAAAACGAGAGGACAUGAAGAUCGAAAGGAGGGAUGGUACGACAUUAAUACAUUCGAAAGCCUCGUAAAAGCUCUGACAACUCUCAUAUGGAUCACUUCAGGAUUGCAUGCAGCAGUGAACUUCGGACAGUAUGGAUACGGGGGUUGGCCACCAAAUCGUCCCAUGUUAUUGAGAAAAUUCCUCCCAAAUGAGGAAGAUAUCAAUGAAGAGAAUAUCCUGAAGUUCGUGGAGGAGAUGUUGCCUGAUAAGUUCCAAAUGAAGUUGGCAAUUGCGGUAAUGGAUCUUCUGUCACGACAUACAUCAAAUGAGGUUUAUUUGGGUCAAACAUCACCCCAAAAAGAGCGGCAAUUGAUUGAGGAUCACGAGUCUAUAAUUCAAAAAAAGUUCAAAGAAUUCAGGGAAAACCUUGAAGCAAUAGAGCGAAAUAUAAAGGAGAGGAAUAAAGAAUAUAUUUUAAUGCAUAGGUGGGGAUUUGCAAAGAUUCCGUACAAGCUCUUGUACCCCGAUACAUCAAAACCCAUGCCUCCAAUAUCUAAGGAGAAAAGGAAACAUCAACCUGAGAAGAAGGAUAUUAACGAAAGGGGAAUCCCUAACAGUAUUUCCAUUUAAUUUUCUCUCUGGAAGUUCCAAUUUUUCAAUAUGUUUCUAAUAUUGCUUUAAAUUAUUAAUCAAUUAAUUAUUUUUAUAUUUUAAGAGUUACAUUUUGUACACACCUAAUUUUCUCUAAACUUAAAUUAUUAAUCAAUUAAUUUAA